AUUUUUCCUUUUCCACGAGGCGACGAUGUCCGUCCCCUGGCUGGGACUUGGGACAGGAAUGACUGCAAGAUGACUUUUGCAUGCGAUUCUUGCGAACAAGAACGCGUGCAGAUCUGUUCCUCGCCUUCGUGAGACGGUGUGCGGGGACAAAGGCGACAUGGGGUCUCGCAGAUAAUCUGAUUGGCGGGCGAUGGGAUGUUGAUAAAGAGUUUCCUUGGACUUGCCGGCGGCCGGCCCACGCCGAUGAAAGCAAAGAGGCCGCGGGGAAGUCCGCCAUAUCUUUCAUAUCUCUCUCUGAUCGUCGUCCUUAUGCCAGAUCCAUACCCUUCGAGCACGAACUACGACGAUAUGAUGAUGCGUUUGCUGCUGCGAUUUUUGACGCGGGUGUUCUCUCAUCCUUCUCACAGCGAGCGCGCAGACAACGCUGGAUUCAUGAGGGGGGAAAGUAAGAGGAAUAGCACGCCAAGUUUCUUCCCCCAGCGCGCAGAGCCUCAGAGCCUCCCUCUCAAGGUUUAAAUGCCAGGCAGCCGUCCGCCGUUCACGCAGCAAAAUACAGGAGAAAAGCCAUACGCAGCUCCAAGUUCAGGCAGAAGCCCGUCUCCCAUACCCUUCAAGGCUUCUC